CCAGUUGCUCUCCCAGUUGUGAUGGUAGAUUCUGUGACGCCCACCUCCAUCUCCAUCUCCUGGACUAGUGGGGGUUCAGAAGGUGUCAGCUAUUUUGUUGAGUGGCAGAGAGACACCUCUGAAGACCAGGGAACUGUAACUAUCAUUGACGGCUCUACUAGCUAUGUAAUCAGUGGACUGGAGGAGAACAGUAGGUAUAUCAUCAGAGUGACUGCCUCUAAUGCAAUUGGAAGUGAAGAGAGCGACCCUGUCAUUGGAGUGACGGCCAGUCAGGACAUCGACACAGGGUGUCCAUAUGGUCCAGAUGAAAUAUGGGGUAUCAUAUGGCCCAAUACAGCAGUAGGUACCGUCAAUGCCCAACCCUGCCCUGGAGGAGUUGAUACUCUUGGUAUUCUCUCUUGAUGCAUAACGCGCUAUACACGUGAAUAAAAUGUUUGUGAUCCAUAGGAAGUGCAAAAAGAGUAUGCUAUG